GCGCCGAGCAUGAACAUUCUCCAGAUCCAGCUUGAAGCUCGAAUACUUGAGUCUCAUGUUCCAACUUUGUUCCCUGGUCUUUCAACUUGCUGGAAUGAGUGCAGAGGACAUUCCUCAAGAUAAAAGUAUCCUUGUUUUAUUGUCUAUGGUCAGAGUAUCUCCUCACAAAGUAUAAUCUUGGGGCGCUGGGAUCAUCUUUAUGGUGGCCCAUUUUGAUUCGCGGAGACUCCGAGAAUUGCCAGGAUGUCCCGUGGGGUAAGAACCAUGUGUCUGGUUCGAUGAGUCCAUUCAUAUCGUCUUGAUCGGAGAAAUCUCUACAUAAACUGUCCAUACGUCCACGGUCAUGUUUCCAGCAACUCAGAUCCUCCCCACAACCUAACGCUAGAUUUCUAACGUCCUAUAGUCUAUCAUGGGUGGUGGUGCUGUAGCUCCCGUCCUGAGUCGCCGCAGGGGCCUCGCUGGUCAGUCUGGAUGGGCCGGAUUAGUGCACAAUCGCAAGGUUUUCGCUAUUGCUGUCUUUGCUUCGUUGGGUGGCCUUCUCUAUGGCUAUAACCAGGGUGUCUUCUCUGGUGUCUUGGGCAUGCAGAACUUCAAUAACAAGAUGGGUUCCGCAACCCAGGAUCCGGAUACCAAAGGAUGGCUUGUGUCAAUUCUCGAACUCGGUGCCUGGUUUGGCGUGCUGUGUACGGGAUACUUGGCGGAUAAGCUGUCGAGAAAAUACACGAUCCUCCUUGCUGUCGUGGUCUUUUGUAUUGGUGUUAUUGUCCAAACUGCUGCCGUUCAUUCCUCAUCCAUCUUCGGUGGUCGGUUCGUAACUGGUCUGGGUGUCGGUUCCCUCAGUAUGGCGGUCCCCCUCUAUAAUGCCGAGUUAGCACCCCCAGAAGUGAGAGGUAGUUUGGUCGCUCUUCAACAACUAGCGAUCACUUUCGGUAUCAUGAUUUCAUUCUGGAUUGACUAUGGGACCAACUACAUUGGUGGUACCGGUGAUACUCAAAGCGAGGCUGCUUGGCGUAUUCCUUUGGCGCUUCAGCUAGUCCCUGCUCUUAUCCUUGGUUGCGGUAUCUUGUUCAUGCCUUUCUCGCCCAGAUGGCUUGUCAACCAGGGUCGUGACGACGAAGCCAUUGCUGUCAUCAGUAGUACUCGCAAUCUGUCAGUCGAUUCUGAUCUCGUCCAAAUCGAGUUCUUAGAAAUCAAGGCGCAAUAUCUCUUUGAGAAGGAAAUGUCGGCCAUCCGAUUCCCUCAGUAUCAAGAUGAUACCUUUGCCUCAGACUUCAAGCUUGCCGUGUUCGAUUAUCUCAGCUUGCUCACUAGUCGCACCUUACUCUAUCGAACUGCCGUUGGAACGUUGACCAUGUUCUUUCAGCAAUGGACUGGUGUAAAUGCUAUAUUGUAUUAUGCACCGUCUAUCUUUGCCUCUCUCGGUCUCACCGGCAACACUGUCUCGCUCUUGGCUACCGGUGUCGUCGGCAUUGUUAUGUUCCUCGCUACCAUCCCUGCUGUCAUCUGGGUCGACAAUGCGGGUCGUAAGCCCAUCCUGGUUUCGGGCGCGUUCAUCAUGGCUGCCUGCCAUAUCAUUGUGGCUAUCUUGACCGGCCUCUUCCAUGACUCAUGGGCUACCCAUUCGGCUGCAGGUUGGGUUGCAUCCGUCUUCGUUUGGAUCUUCGCGAUGGCUUUCGGGUACAGCUGGGGACCUUGUGGUUGGAUUUUGGCUGCUGAGAUCUGGCCGCUAUCUAUUCGUGGAAAGGGUGUCUCUAUCGCGGCUUCGUCUAACUGGAUGAACAACUUCAUCGUUGGACAAGUAACACCUAGUAUGAUGGCGCAUCUCGGAUUUGGUACCUUUGUCUUCUUUGGGGCGUUCUCCUUCCUUGGUGGUCUCUUCAUCCUCUUCAUGGUCCCUGAAACGAAAGGUCUUACAUUGGAGGAGAUGGAUGAAGUCUUCGGUUCGGUGGGCCUUGUCGCUGCUGACCAAGAACGACAAGAGGACAUCAAUAGGCGUAUUGGCCUCACCCAGUACGAUCGCGAACCUUCGGAUAUCCAUGAAGAUAAGAUUGAUGAGAAGGUGUAAUGAUUUUUGGUUCUUCAUACUUACUACAUCGACGAUUCAACGAUUACUUUCAUGCUGUCUUCUAUGACCUAUCGUCUGCAACGAUCCUGAUGGAUAAAUAGGUGCUACGUAUAAUUGCUAAUGGUUUCAUGUUUUUGUGCUUUUAGUCUUUCAGUUCGUGUGUUUGUACUACUAGUUGUCCUUUAUACAUUUAAAGUUUCCAUGGUUCCGCCUGAUCUUCAAAACUCGAAGCU